UCGAAAGUUUCGUGACAAGCGCGCUCCAGGUCAGUUUUCUUCUGUCCGAACGUCGUUCAUGCAUUUCAACAAGUGGUUGCCUUUGCAGACGUCUCUGUCCUUACUCUAUGAUUGAAUGCAGUGUAAGGUUGUUUGAUGACAUCGACUUGUCAUAUGUUUGAGACUUUACAACGUCUUAAAACACAAGAUGGCGUCCACCAGGAAGAAGAUGAUGCAGAAGAGCAAACAGUUUCUUGAGGAGAAGAUUCAAAGGAUUGAGGCUGAUCAGCAGUGGUUAGCUCAAGCCAUCAUGGACAUCUCACAACCUGCCAUAACCGAAGCCAAGAAGCUCCUUGGUGAAUUGGACCAGAAGAGAUUCUUCAAAAAGUACCAGGAGGUAACGUCUACCCUGGAGACCAGUUCCAGUACACUGGUCCUACUGGUAGCUUCGUUUCCAUCCAAAGAAAAUGACUCUGAUGGUAGCGAGUCCAACUGCAGUGCAGAUUCAAACUCGGAGCUCAAUGAUGCCUCAAUCUUCAGCAACGCAAGCUCUGUGACAGCAUCCUCACUUGGGUCAAUAAAAUCCCGCGAUGGCACACUGCGAGUAAAAGAGUCUGGCCUCGCUGGAGCAAAGAAGAAAGGACUUCGGGAGUCCCACCCGGAGACCAAAGGGGAUGUUGGUCAAUCAAAGCCUAGCGUGUCUGGAGCCAUGGCUACAAAAGAAGGCUGUAGGACAGUGAGUCCGCUACACGAGUACGAAUCGGGGACCGGCAACAGCAGAUUGGCAGAUGUUGUUAGUAGCAAUGAACGGUUCGAGUCUGCCGUUGAACAUGACAAAAUCAAAGCUCAAAAUCUUGACAGUGCAUCUUCAGUUGUGAACGUUAAUAGAGAGACAAAACCCACUGGUAUUAAACAUGCACAUUUGGAAGGUGGUGUUCUUGAAGGUAACUGUGCAGUGCCAAAGGGAAGACCUGCUGAGCAUAGUACCAUGCCAGAGAGUGCUCCCUUGAAGAGUGCACAACAUCAAGUCUCUGCCACAGCCUCGGAACUAUCACCUCACCCAACCUCAAAGGUACUUCCUCCCCCAACCUCGGAGGUAUCGCCUCCUCUCGGGAAAGCAACCUCCACAUCAGAAGACCCUACAACUCAACCCCAACAAUCUCAGCCACCGUUUCAGAAUCCGCUGGCGCCAAUGCAACCCUGCCCUCUGUCGUAUGAAAUAGCCACAGGAAAACAAACAGCUGUCAUCAGGCCCAUGGAGGUCAAAUCCAGGGGUCAUGUGGAGGUCAUAGUAAGUGAGGUCAAGAGACCGGCGCUUCUAUGGAUCCAGCUGGCAGACUCUCCACUCAGUAGUUUUGUGGCAGACCUCAAUAAUUUCUACAGUGAUGCACAAAUUGUGAGCAUACCCGUCCCUGCCCCAGAGGUGGGCACCUUCUGCUGUGCACGUUACUCACAAAACAACUGUUGGUAUCGGGCUCGCAUAGCAGGGGUUACAAAGGAAACGCCAAGCAGUACACAGAAUCCUCACGACCCCUCCAGGAUCUUAGUGGAUGUGAUUUACAUCGACUACGGCAAUCGGGAGAAGCUGAACUUGACGAGGGUGCGGGUCAUCCACCCAAAGUUCACCGAGCUGCCGGCCCAGGCCUUUUGCUGCUCACUUGGAAAGGUGAAGCCACCAGUAACCAGCGGCUGCUGGACCAAAGAGCAGACCUAUUUCUUUGCUAGUCUGGUCAUUGGGAAGAUCUUGGAGGCAUCAAUCCAUGUGGUGGUGGGUCGACGAAUGCCCUCGAUAGAUAUGUCAGCGCCGUUCAUGAUCACAAGAGAUGGGGGAGAGGGACAAUGUGUUCAGGUUGAUGUUGCUCAGUGCAUGGUUGAGAGAGAGAUGGCGCAGUAUCUGGAAGGAUGUGGUCCGCCCAUACAACCUCAUCCAUCACAACAACCCACUCCAGACAUAUCAUCUUCAGGUGGUUCAAGAGACAGACAAUUAAAAGAGAAUGUUGAGCCGUCUCUCAAAAGUGCAGCAGGUGAUGACAGAACCCAAAACUUGACAAGGUCAACAAGUUCUUCAUCAAAGGAGGAUACUAGAGAAGGAUCUGUCACUUCACAACCAAGUAGCGGCCAUGAAGCAAGAAGACCUUCAGGAGGAAACCCCUUGCCCAAGGAGCCACAAAACCAAGACCAGGUACCCAAUUCCGACAGACAACAGCAAGAGAACCCUCGAGAGGUUGAUGAAAGAAACUUGCCGAAAAGGAAUUCACAAGCUGAAAUCGCUCCGCGAUUCACCAAGAAAAAAAUGGAGUAUCUAGACACUGUCUCUGGACAUCACGCAGACUCCCGGAGGGCGCAGGACAUCAGGCACAGUGGAACAAGCCAACCAAUUAAUGCAAGACACCAGAGCCAGUCAGAUGAUCCAAGACCAAGACAGACUGACGAAGAUUCUGUUUACGAGCACGCAGACGGCGAUCAAUACUUCAAGGAGGCAGACGCCGCACCAGGAAGAACAGAACAGAAGGAGCACAUCAGUACGACCAACUCGUCUUCUUCUGAAGGCCAAAAUAAAUCGCAGUCUACCAACUCCAAGGGUCACCUAAAAUGGUCGGGCCGUGGAAGCAGAAUCAAUCAUCCUACAAAUACUCCAUCUCAACAAUUGUCUCGAGGAAGAAAGAAAAAUGAUGGAGGUCAGCAAGACGACCUAUCAGCAUCUCCAUCAAGAGAAACCAUGCGGGAAGGAAGCAUUCCAAGUAUGGAGUUUAGAAAGUCUUCCACCGUGUCUUUCAGGAACAAAUUGGGCAGAGGAAACGGGAGAAAAACAACAUCGGGUGGAACUGGAAAGCUGCUAGACACAAGAGAUACCCCUUCACCCCAGGCACACCCAGCAGAAGAAGAAGAAGAGUUUGAGAGGAUGAGCCCAAACUCCUCAAGCGGAGUCUCAAGCUACAACUCUGGGCAGAGCAACGUGCAGGCAACGGCGACGCCUCAGGCGGGUUCGUUAAAUGAGGAAGUACCUUCUAUCAGGUCCCAAGAGCCCAGACGAAGAGCUUCUGGCGGUAGCAACUACCAAGAUGAGAAUUCUAAACAGGGUGCUGUAUCUAAACAGCCUGAACAAUCCACAACAUACACAACCAGUCAGGACAGAAGACAAGGAAAAGUUACAGGGAGUAAGAAAGCUGAAGCCGAAGACCUGAAAUCUUUGAGUUCUGCCUCAAAGAAUCUUUCAUCAAGCUCUGGGUCUUUCUUCUCAGCUGUCGGAGGUUUAGACACAUUCGAGAAUACAUCUAAGACUUCCCCCAGUGGACCACCAGCUCAGAAGGGUAAACCCAAGGACAGCAACCAUCUGCAGCUUUGUGUAAGAUCCAGCCUUCAAACGAAGGAUGGCUGUGUCCGUAUGGCCAUGUCCCACAUUGUCAGUCCACAGGAGUUCUACGCACACCUCAUCACCAAGGAUGUUGAGAAGUUGGACUACUUGGACAAAGACCUCAAUGACUUCUACAACAGCGAGAAGAAUGUUGCCAGCCUGACGGAAAACCUUGUCCUAGAGGAGGGCUGCCUGUGUGCUGCAAAGUACACAGUUGAUGGGACGUGGUACCGUGCCAGGAUUCUGGAUAUAAAAGAUGAUAUUGAGGAUGCCAAACGCUCAGAUGAGGGUGGGGCUCCAUCUACAUCCGAAAAAGCGAUACCCCACAAGAAGGUCCAACUGUUUUAUGUAGACUAUGGGAAUAGGGAGUGGAUGGCGGCGGAUGCUAUCAAGCCACUGCAGUCGUCGUUCUAUGACCUGCCAGCUCAAGUGAUCAAGUGUUGUCUCGCUCACAUCUACCCGCCAGAUAGUCCAGGGGAGUGGGAAGGAAGUGGCACGUCGAUAGUAAGUUCCAAGGAUCACCUGAGAGGAGGAUGGAGUGAGGAGGCGGUGGUUGAGUUUGCCAAGAUGACCGGCUACGAGAAGCUGCUUCUUGGCAGACUCCUAAAAGAGUGCGAUGAACAAAGUGAUGAGCCUCUGCAGGUCUUACUGUUGGAUCCAUCCAGCCCAUGGGAAAUAUGCAUUAACCAACAACUGGUGAACAGUGGUCUGGCUGCCUCAUCAAGAUUAAAGGCUGUUGCAGUGCAGCAAGACUCGUUAGAGCCCACAGAGGUGACCAGUCAGCAGCUGCUGAAAGCUUCAGAAGGCUGGAAUAUAAAGACGGGCCAUGAGGGCUACGAAACCGUCGAGGAAGGAGCGUUGGCCGAGGCCAAAGGACAAAUUGUACCCAGAGAAAAGUGGGAUCCCAUGACGUCCGAUUACACGUCCGAUCGGAACAGCUACAACAUCGAUGUAGAUGAUCCGGGCGUUGCAACUGUAGGAUACAAAGCUCAAUCCACCAAGUCAAUCUGCAAAUUCUUCUCCUCGGGACGGUUGUGUUACCGUGGCAACCAGUGUCCACACGAGCAUGUCAGGCAAGGCGAGAUACCAGGAGAGUCAGUGGGUGUCUUCUACUCAAACAACCCGAUCAGGCCGCCUCAAGCGGGCAACUGGGUGGCUCUUCAGGUCACGGCUCUCCAAAGUGCAUUUCAUUUCUGGGCACAGUUACCGUACUCGGCGAGACCACUGGACAGUCUGAAGCAGACGGGGGCGCCGUCCGACGACGACUACGAAGUCGAAACUUUAGAAAUGCUAGAAGUGGCACUAAAUCAAGCCUACAACUCCUCGAAGCGCCACCAAAACCAACACGCAAACCAAAUCCUGAGAGCCCAAGGGGAGAUGGUCUGCUGCCAGUCCCCGCAAGAUCAACGGUUCUACCGGGCAAGGGUCAGAGAAGUUGACACCCAACAAGACUCGAUGCAGGUUUUCUAUGUAGACUACGGCGACACCGAGUGGGUACCCUCCUCAAACAUUCGCGACAUGCAGCCACAGUUUCUGCAUUUACCUCUUCAGGCAGUGGAGUGUUAUCUGGUUGGUGCGAGGCCUGUUGAGUUUAAUGUUGAUGAGGCCGGUACUGGACAUGAUGAGGAGGCAAGAAAAAUGUUUGAGGAGAUGGUAUCCAAGAAGACGCUAGUCGCGCACAUCGCUAAUGCUUACCCAAUUCUUGAGGUGGAGCUGUACGACACAAACGGGAAAUCAGACAUCAACAUCGGCAUGGCGCUGAUCGAGAAUGGACUCGCAACACGAGAGGAUUGGGAAGACAUCCAGGACGACACCCAGGAGACCUCAUCGUCUGAGGGCGGGAGAGGAUCGAGAUCUAACCGUGGGGGAAGCAACCAGGCAGCAGGGGGUAGCCGAUCAGAGACAAGCUCAGGGGUGGUGGAAGUCAAAUACACUCCAGUGUAGUCGAGAAAGAGCACAUUUUUUCCCCACUUUUUAUUACCUUGACCAGUUUCCUGAAAGAAGGUUUGAGUUUUAAUCUUGAUAUCUCAUGUUGUGCUUUGCCAGUGACACCUUUAUUAGGUGUGGUGUGCGGUAGUACAAUGUGUAAAUCUCUUUUGAGCAGUGUUGGUUCUUGAAAGAACCUAUGGUUUGACAACUCAAUAUUUCGGUUACGUUCUCCUGAAGACGAUCAGAGCAUACUGAUCAAAACAUUGAGUUGUCAAACCACCGGAUCUUUUCAGAACCAACACUGCUCAAAAGAGAUUUACACACGGUGCUACCGUAAACCUCUACCCAGCUACAUUGUACAUGUAUACGCUCCCUAUGCAAUCUUUCCAAUCCUACCAGGUGCCACCUUUGAUGUGCCUUCCCUUAAAGCAUGUGGACAGUAUUGGUAAAUGUCAAAGGCCAGUAUAUGUUCUUUGAUCCAGCAUUUAGGUGAAAAAAAACAUAUUCUAAAUAUCUCCUGGACUGUUGGACAAAAUCUCCCCGAUUACAAGAUGCAAAUGUUGGCGGCUCAACUUAUGUCCAAACAAAACCUGGCAAAUGUCUUUCAG